GAUGAUAUACCAAAACCAAUAGAAGUCAAGCCAAAACCAGCCGAACCAAAGAAGAAAAAACACAAAAACGAUAAGUUGGUACCAAGACUGGAUAUUCCGGAUAUGCAAUUGAAUAGUUUCUUCUACGGAAAAACAAAUCCGAAAUUCAUAAGCGUUUCAUCGUAUGCUCGUAUUGCUCAUCGAUUUGUCUUGAAGAAAGAUUUGAAUGGAUUGAAAAGAGUCGUAGCCGAUGGAGCACAUUUUCAUUCGGAUGCACUCCGCUCGACCUAUUCGGAGUCGUAUGAGCUGACGCCCGAAUGUGAGGCUGUACUGACAGAGGAUUUGAAAUUCAUCGAUGAUAUGUUGAAACUAUCCGACAAACUGGCAAAUGAUACGCAAAGCAGAGUGACCACCGAGCCGUUGCUUCUAAAAGAGGUGGAAACAGGUAGAAGUAACGUGCGCAUGUUAGGACAUAGAACACGUCCGGUGCAAAUGACUCGUGGAGGUCGUGAAGGAAUUAACGCAUUGCUUAAGCAUGAUGAGGAGUCUCAUGCUGACCUAGAUGAACGACUUCAAGUGAUUAUCGAGAAGAACAUCUCAUUUGCUACUCUUGAGCAUAUCGCAAGUCUUGCUUCCACCUAUAAUACAUGUGCUGACAUUUCUGACAAAUGUACUUCUCUCGUGGUGCAUGCGGUUCGAUGCGGACAUCGUAAAUUAGCUGGCAAAAUGAUUGAAACAUACUCCAAAUACAACUUCAAUGAUUUACACCUUCAAACACUUCUGAAUGAUCGUCAACCGUUAAAGGUAAACGAAUUGUGUUCAAUAGAUUUAUUGAUAUUGCUCUGA